AUGGCCCAGCCGGCCAAGCCCACCCGUGCGCCCCGGCCCUCCCUCUCCUCCUUUCCCCUGGGCCGAGGCAGGCCAGGCCGCCCCCAGGCCUGCCCCGCGUGCCCCCACCACGCGGUCGUCUCCAACCUCCAGCCGCCCCACGAUCUCCCGCACGCACACACGCACACGGAGACCGUCCCGGCCACCCCUCCUCUCCCACUCGCCCCACCUCUCCCCGCGCUCCCCCACUCGGCCGAGCCCGCCCCUAUAAAGCCCCCGGCCUCAUCUCUCUUUUCCCCCUCUUCUCCCUCUCAGCCACGCCCCCAGGCUGCCCAGAUUGCUCGCCGGAGCGCCGCCAACCGCGCCGCCUCCAUCCGCCCGCCACGGCCGCCUCGGCCCGAAUCCCUCCAAGCCGCUGCCGCCACCCCACGCGUCACCUCAAGCCGCACGCCGUCCACGAUUCUGCCAAGCGAGGAGACGCCAGGAAUGUCGUCGCCGCCCGCCGUCCAAAUCAUAUCUACAUCUCCACCAAAUUUCACCGUCAAAUUCCUUGUAUUUCGCUCAGAAUCGACGGAUUUUUGGCUCAAUUUCCGCUCGGUUCAUCCCCGCUUCUUCCGAGUCGUGGCCGACCGGCAUCGCUGGUCCUUGACCAGCGGCAUCGCCGUGCUCCCGGCACUCGCCGGUGCCUGGUCAGCGGCACUGCCGCCCGCCCACAUCGCCGCGCGGCCACCAGCUCCCUCCACGCCUGGAUUCAUCCUACCGCCGCUCGCCUUCCGCCUCGCACAGCAGGCAAGCACACCAAGCGCCCUGCAGCGCCGCCCCACCACCAGCUUUCCGCCGCGCCGGACCGCCACCAAGCGCCUCCGCCACCAGCGCCGCUCGCCCGCCAGCCCAGGCCCAAGGCGCCACACCACCACCGCCACACCACCGCGCGCGCCUCGCAGCUUCCGCUCGCAACCGCUGCGCCCGAGCGCGCCCGCCCAGCUCGAUCGCCACCAGCACAGCAAGCACCAGCAGAGUUCCGCCAGGAUCGCCUCACUCCGCCCUCGGCUCCUUGCUCACGCGCGCAGCUAUAGCACCACCGGCAGUGCCGCCAAGACAACACCGGCAAGUGCCGUGCUGCACACCCCCGGCAGUGCCGCCAGAUGCACCCCGGCAGUGCCGGCCCUGUACAGUUUUAGUUUCGCUCCAUUCUGA